UAGAAAUCUGGUCUUUCUUUUCCCAAUCUCUCUCUGAGUUGUUCUUCUCGCACUCGCAGUGCCCUCGCCUAAUUAGUGAAUCGUGAGCGGGAAAUUAGUGGUAUUCCUUCAUAUUGACGUCGGAGAAGAAGAAGAAGAAACAGUCAUUGAAAUUUCAGUGUUUCAAUUCAGGGAGAAAAGAUGUCAUCUGGUGAUGGUCCAUCAGUGGAAGGAAAUACACAGAUUGUAACAGUACCUGAGCGACCUAAACAUUCUCUUCCGGCUCUUCCCUUGGCUCCUUCGAAUGUUGGAAACGCCGUUGUCGAGUACAAAAAAGCAAAUCCAAAAGAUGCAGACGAGGAUAUUGAAAUCAAGCUUAGAAGGAUUCUGGAACAAGUUCCUGUUCGUGUUAGCAAUACGUCUGGUAGUUCUGCUGGUUCUGGCUCUGGUGACUUUCAUCAGUACCGGCAAAUGAGGCGGAAAGAACAAGACCGACUUGCAAGAAUGCAAGUAGACUACGAUAAACGAAAAGAGCUAUCUGAUUUUAUGAUUAGAAAAGAAGAAAGAAUGAAGGCCACAGAGGAAAGGACAGCAAAGAAGCGAUUAAAACGUCAGAAGAAGAAAAUGAAGAAGCAAUCGAAGAAGAGUAGGCUGAACCCUGAUGCAGGAGAGCAACAGAAGGACGAAUCUUCGGAGGACGAGGAUAAAUCAGAUGAUGAUGCUGGAGAGCCAGAAAUUCCAAAACAUAUAUUUGUCCCAGCUGGGAACAGGGGGAAGUGAGCAACCAUUUGAUGGUUGAGUCUCUUAUUCAGAUAUUCCCAUGUUAACAUAUGAUUUGUUCUAAUUCUAGCCCGCUACUGACCAGAGAAGGUUAAAAUAGGGGAAGAAUCGAAGAAGCUAACUUGUUCUAGCUUGAUGAGUUGUAAGAGCUUGUUGCUGGCAAUGAAUUCUCAGUCACUUGUAUGUAGCAUAUAAUUUUUAAAGAACCAGCUGCUUUUUCUUUUCCUUUCUUCCAGAGUAAAUCAUUUUGUGGGUUUGAGCCCAAAUGUUCCGAUGAUAUAUUUUUCCCACUUUAAAGGGAUCCUUCCCGUAUUGUCAACUCUUUGAGGGGUUUGGUUGGAAAGUUCCAUUACAACAAUCCACGAUCUCUGAUUAUAUUAAAACUUCUUCGUUUACCAACUCUUUCUUUUCCAGUAGGAACUACAUAUUGUCUCCUCUAUCGAUAGAUAAACGAUCAUCGCCAUGGAUGCCAGUACUCUAGCAGAUCCCUCUGCAGCAGAGAAGGAUCUGUUAAUGUCCUCGCAAUCACAUUGCAGGAAAUCAGUCCAACAAUUCCUUGGAGAAGGCUCAGUAGCUGAUGUUCUGUUAUGGAAAAACCAAGCUACCAGUGGUAUUCUGCUAGUAUCCUCAAGUAUCAUUUGGUUUCUUUUUGAGAUAGCUGGAUAUAAUCCGCUACUGUUCUUCUCAAAUUUUCUGCUGAUUCUGGUUGUUACUCUCUUCUUUUGGGGGAAAUUGGCUUAUUUUCUCAACUGGCCUCCUCCUUCACUUCCCAAUUUGCAAAUAUCUGAUGAUUCCAUCCUAAAGAUAUCCAGUGAUGUACAUGUUUUAAUUAAUCGUGUACUGGAAACUGGACACGCUAUCAUCGUAGGAGGAAAUGUGAAACUCCUAUUAAAGGUCAUUGUUUCGAUCUGGAUUGUUGCUUUUGUUGGAGGCCUCUUUAACUUCAUCACUCUUGUCUAUAUUGGGGUUGUUCUUUCUCUCACUGUGCCUGCAUUAUACAACAAUUAUCAAGAUCACAUCGACGAUAAGCUAUUUGCAGCACACGAAGUGGUAUCGGCACAACUCCGAAAGUUCAAAUUGAACAUGUUAACCAUUCAAAGUGAAGAGAAGAAGCUUCACUAGUAAACACUGAUCAAUGUAUGUCAACAACAAAAUGUACUGUGUUAUUCAUGUUCAUUUGAUAUGAAUGUACAAAUCACAGAUAGUUCCAGUUUUUUU